AUCACAUGACGAGAUGAACCGACGCCUUUAAGGCAGGGUUUCAACAUUACUUGUUGCUGACAUGGAGAAGGAAUCAUGGAUUCUCGCCACGGUGUUAGGGAUCUCCUCAGUUGCAGCAGUUUCUGUUUACCUGAUCAUGAAAAUCGUCUGGGGAAGACGAUAUAAGCUCCCCCCUGGGCCCUGGGCGUGGCCCAUUGUGGGGAACCUCUCGCAACUUAAAGGAGGCAAUGGGUUUUACUACAAAGUGUUGGAGUUCAGACAAGCAUACGGGAAUAUAUUUAGGUUAAAGAUGGGAGUCCACAAUGUCUUCUUUGUAUUUGGACACCAGUAUGUGCAGGAAAUACUCGGCAAACACGGAGAUUUGAUGACAAAGAGGCCAAAUUGGAUGUACAUUCCUGAUAAAAUUCUGAAAAGAAAAGGCAUAUUCUGGAGUUAUGGAGAGUCGUGGCGAGCUAUGCAGGCACUACUGAAAUCAGCCCAGGAAGACUCCGCCGUGAUAUCCGCUCUCCAGCGCCAUCUUGCAGCAGAGUACGACGUGUUCAGAUCACAUGCUAAGGAUGUGGCCUGUCCCUACACCCUGGAAUAUCUGAUCCGCCAAGCCUCGUUCAACUUUCUCGCAGCCUUUCUUCUAGGACAAAGGUACAGCUAUGAUGAUACAAGCAUGGUGGAAAUGCGAGAAAGGAUAAAUGAUUUCGGCGUCUCUACGUCAUCGGCUAACAAAGCUAAUUUUCUUCCUUUCGUAGCACCAUGUCUCCGGGCACAGCUUCAAACAGCCGUACGUGAUCAGGAAGUUCUGUUUCGCAAAUUUCGGGAAAUUAUGCAAGCCAGAUCAAACGCGGCAAGAAAUGAUCCUCCAUCGGAUUUUCUCCAGGUUUAUUUGUCCAAGUCGGAGAAAGAGCGAUCAGCGGAUGGUAUGACAGAAAUCGACCUUCUACGGACCGUAGUAGACAUGUUUUUGGGCGGUAAAGAUACGCUCUUGUCAUCUGCAGAGUGGAUACUGAUGGCUUUGGUAAAGUACCCGGAUGUGCAGUCCAAAUGUAGAUCAGAGAUUAAUGAGAUUUUUGGUCCAGAUCAGGUGAUACAAACACAGGACAGAUCAAAGACCCCGUACACCCUAGCCACCAUCAAGGAAAUCCUGAGAAUGCACUCACCAGUGCCACUGACGCCUUUCCACUGUCCAGAGCAGGACAUUAAGGUCGGAGAGUACGAUAUUCCGAAAGAUUCUGUCGUCUUGAUAGACUGCAAAGCGUCCUGCCAAGAUGGACAGUUUUGGUUGGAGCCAGAUGUCUUCAAACCUGAACGAUUUCUGGAUAGCAAUACCACAAAGCAGAUACACGGGGACUGCUUUACUCCUUAUGGAACAGGUCCAAGAGACUGUAUUGGUAAAGCCAUGGCGGACAUCUUUUUGUACACGUUUACUGCAAACGUUCUUAAGAACUUCCAAGUUACGACCAGAAAUCCGGAAGAACAAUUGUCUUUUGAGGGCGUCUAUACCGUGUUCUUAUUCCCUAAGCAUUUUGACCAGGUCGUGUUAAAGCCUUUAGAAUAAUGCAUCAAUUUUAUUCUUUCUGAUCUCUACUAGGCCAUGUGUGUUCUCUUUAGAGAAGUGGACAGGCAUAGCAUACAUAAAGAGAACAAUACACGAGUACUAACGGUGAAAUGCCAGUUAAUAGCAAUGCUCACCAGAUCUACAAAAGGUUUUAAAGAUGAAAACAACAGGGUUUUCUGUUCUGUGAAGAAAAUGUUGUUUACAAAUGUUUUGUCAGUACCCUUUUUCAUUACACCUGUAUUUUAUUUCUUGAUAAUAACUUACCUUUGAACUUGACAUAAUGCAAAUACGAGCACAUUAUGCAAGCACUGUAGUACACAUUUUAACUAUUAUAUUAAGAUGAAUUUUAUGUCAUAAACAUGUAUUUCAAAAAGGAAUACCCCAUGUGAAUGAUUACCAGAGAAAAUAUCUGUAAUACUAAUCUAAAAUACAUAUACUUAUGAAUACUUACUUGUUAUUUGUCGGUUAUGUUACACUAUUCAAAUGAUAACAAAGUUCAAGAGGCUGUGCUUGAGAAGAAGAUUUUAAAGGAUUUUUCCUCUAUAUAUCGAAGUAAAACUUUACAGACUGAUGGACAGACACUGAAUAACAGGUGACCCAAAAGAAAACCCCCAAAUAAAACAUGUCCUUUUCAAAUAAGAGGCACGUGCAUCAACAGUUAUCUACAAUUGUAGGUAUCUAGGUAUCAAACAAAGAGAUUGUUGUUUUGUUAGUGCAAAUGGUAGGUAUUUUGUCUGAGUGGAAGAAAUAUCACUUUAAUGAUUAGAUGAGGUGAUAAUUAAAAUGUCACUCAUAUACCUGUAUAUUGUCACACAUGUUUGAUCUAUUAAUCCCGUGGUGACCCGGGUUACAGUAGCUCCUCAGUAUCCCCUUGCUUGUUGUAAGAGGUGAAUGGGGCAAUCCUUCGGAUAAGACCGUAUAAACCGAGGCCCGUGUCACAGUAGCUAUAGGUGUGGCACAAUAAAGAUCCCUCCCUGCUAAAAGGCCGAAAGCGUGAGAAUCUUUCACUCAUAUGGAGACAUCACCAUUGAUGCAAAAUUUAGGCCCAUGCUCGGUGCUUACGGCAUUUGCGAAGGGAGGGAUAUUUAUCGUGCCACACCUGCUGUGACACGAGGCCUCGGUAUUUGUGGUCUCUUCCAAAGAACUGCCCCAUUUAGUCGCCUCUCACAAGGAAGGGGUACUUGGGACCUAUUCUAACCCGGAUCCCCACGGGAUUCUACUAGUCAAAGGCCACCACAAUACUAAGUUUGGUCUCAUAUUUACCAGCAGACAUUUCCAAAUAACCAGUCACAACCUUUGACCUUGUGACUUGAAAACCAUUGGGGGUCAUCUAAUCUUUUAAUAGGGGGUACCAGUUUACAAAGUUUGAUAUCUGUCAAGCAAAGGAUUUGUAAGAUAUUGAGCAGACAUUUUAUUAUGUCCAAUUUAACCCUUGACCUUGUGACCUCAAAAUCAACAGGGGACAUCUACUUCUUAUGGGAAAUCAAUGUGCCAUGUUUGAUGUCUGUCAUAUGAAGGGUUAUAAAGAUGUUGAGCAGACAGUAUUUUACUAUGUCCAGUUUGACCCUUAACCUUGUACCCUCAAAUCAGUAACUAGUACUCCUUAAAAUGUACCAGUGUACCAAGUUUGAUGCCAGUCAAACAAUGCAUUUUCAAGAUACAGAGCAGACAAUAUCUUACUAAGUCUAGUUUGACUUAUGACCUCAAAAUCAGUAGGGGUCAUUGACUUCUUAUGGAAAAUGACUAUAACAAGUUUGAUGUCCAUCAAGCACCAGGUUCUUUAAAUAUUGAGUGGACAGUGCUUGUCUACUGACUGACAUGCCGACCAACCUUUAUCAAAGGAGCAUAAAAUUUAAAUAAGCA